UUUUUUUUUGGCCCACCUCUUCUGUCUUUCAUUCGCCUGCCUCGAUUCGGCUCUCAACAACAUCCGGCAAAAGUACGUCUAGACACUUUAAACUCGGACAUGUGAAGAGAAAAGUUUAUAAUUCGAGCUACCAACAGUGAACGAAGCGGGGGAAACACCAAAAAGUGGAAGAGUUUGAACGUCAGCUUUAACGCCAGCCUUCCUUUGGCGGUUUUUUCUUAUUACGCGGAUUUAAGAAAACUAUGCUGACAGAUUGGAUUAUGGAUUAUGAAGAACGAUCACAAUUGUACAGAUUGCCUUGAAUAACUGCGAGAUUACACCCCCUUUUCAUGCACCUUUCCUAAAUCCAUCUCAUCUCAUCUCCUCACGCGCUUACAUCCGUGUGUUUCGCACUACUGCUGAAAACGUAGAUUUCAAAAACCUUGCUGUAUUUUAAUUAAGAGAAGGUACACCAUCAUCUUGCUCCGACUAAAGAUGUUGUCCGGGCUGAGAGAGUGGUUCUGGAACGAGAGGCUGUGGUUUCCAGAAGGCCUGGGCUGGGCCAACCUGGAGGAUCGCGAUGGUGUCAUCUACUCCAAAGCAUCUGACCUCUGGGUGACCCUGCCCAUCGCCCUCGUCUUCCUUAUCAUACGUCAGGUCUUUGAAAGGACGGUGGCCAUUCGUCUGGCCACAGCUAUGGGCGUAAAGGAGAAAACCCGAGUGCGAGUGGCUCACGACCCUAUAAUGGAGUCGUACUUCAGAAUCACAAGUAAAAAUCCCAAACAGGGUGAAAUCGAGAGUUUAGGUAAAAAGACCGGGUACUCAGAGAGACAUAUCCACAGAUGGUUCCGGCGACGACGGAAUCAAGAGAGACCAAACCAGCUGAAGAAGUUCAGAGAGGCCAGUUGGAGAUUUACCUUUUACCUUCUUGCUUUCAUUGCUGGCCUUGCUGCACUUAUUGAUAAACCUUGGUUCUACAAAAUGGAGGAGAUGUGGGCGGGGUUUCCAAUGCUACCGCUGCUGCCCUCUCAGUACUGGUACUACAUGAUCGAACUAGGGUUUUACAUGUCACUCCUCUUCAGCGUAGCGUCAGACGUCAAGCGAAAAGACUUUAAAGAACAAAUAGUGCACCAUGUUGCCACCAUCGUGCUGAUUAGUUUCUCCUGGUGUGUGAACUACAUCAGAGCAGGAACCCUCAUUAUGCUGGUGCACGACGCCUCCGACUAUCUUCUGGAGUCUGCCAAGAUGUUUAACUAUGCCGGCUGGAGAAAAGCGUGCAACUACAUAUUCAUCUUAUUUGCUGUCGUCUUCAUAAUCACCAGACUCAUCAUCUUCCCAUUUGGGAUCAUGCAUUGUACCUGGGUGUAUCCAGUGACUCUUUACCGUCCGUUCUUUGGGUAUUACUUCUUUAACGGGCUGCUGUUUGUGCUGCUGUGUCUACACAUCUUCUGGGCCGUACUCAUCCUGCGUAUGGCCAUCAAAUUCUUGCCAGGCAAUAAUAUUGUGGAGGACGAGAGGAGUGACAGAGAAGAAACAGAGUCCGAGGAUGACGAGGACGACGAGACACCAAUGAAAAAUGGAGCAGUGCAGAACGGCCACUCUCCCUUAAACAACAACCAUCACCGCAAGAAUGAGUGAUGCUCUCAGAGACGAGAGAGGAGGUACAACACUGCCCUUCAUGUGCACAUGGACGAGAGAGACCAACAAACUAAUGUCAGGGGUGUUUGAUAGAUUGAAAAGGCCCAGAGCAAACACACACAUUCAC